CAUGAAGAGAUCAAAACCGUAGACAAUGUUUCCACAGUGAUGCAGUUUGUGCUGCUAGGAUUUUCUGACCUUCGCAACCUCCAAGGAUUUCUAUUUGCAGUGUUUUUUGUUGUUUAUAUAAUUAUCCUGAUUGGAAAUUCCCUCAUAAUAGUAAUAAGCAGUAUGGACCCUGCAUUACAGAAACCCAUGUAUUUUUUCCUGGCAAAUUUUUCCUCUCUGGAAAUCUGUUACAUAUCAGUUACUGUCCCAAGGAUUCUAUUCAACAUCGAGAUGCAGGACCGAAGCAUUUCAGUGACGUCCUGUGCCACUCAGUUGUGCUUCUUCCUUGUUUUUGGAACUACUGAAAGUUUGCUGCUGGCUGUGAUGUCCUAUGACCGCUAUGUGGCCAUCUGCAACCCUCUGCACUACAUUCUGAUCAUGAACCCAACAAAGUGCACCCAUCUGGCAGUGGGAUCCUGGCUCAGUGGCAUUCCCGUCCAGAUAGGGCAAACAUGUCAGAUAUUCUCUCUGCAUUUCUGCAAUUCUAACCAAAUAGACCACUUCUUCUGUGACAUACCUCCCAUUCUCAAGCUGGCCUGUGGGGACACUUCCAUGCAUGAGCUGUCUGUCUAUGUGGUUGUUAUGGUGGUGGCUGCACUGCCCUUUAUACUGGUGCUUACAUCCUACAGCAAAAUCAUUGCCACUAUUCUGAGGUUACCAACAGCAAAAGGGCGGGCAAAAGCCUUCUCCACAUGUUCUUCCCAUUUGCUAGUGGUGGUUUUGUUUUAUGGAUCAGCUACAGUUACCUACUUGAGGCCAAAGUCCAUGCAUUCUCCUGGAACUGACAAACUGCUCUCUCUGUUCUACACAGUUGUGACCCCCAUGUUCAAUCCUCUGAUAUACAGUCUUAGGAACAAGGAGGUGAUUGCAGCUCUAAAAAGGUUAUUUCUUAAAGCAUAG